CAUCGAAAAAAAAAAAUCCCUCCAACAACCUCCUCACACGUUCUCCUCCCUCUCACCCGCCAUCAUAAGCCGACCUGGGGUAUCUUCAGCUUUUGGGUGCCUUCCCAAAUGUAUAAAAUGGAGUAUUCUUACCUUAACUCGUCCGCCUACGAGUCGUGCAUGGCUGGCAUGGACACGUCGAGCCUGGCGUCGGCCUACGCGGACUUCAGCUCGUGCAGUCAGGCCAGCGGCUUCCAGUACAACCCCAUCCGGACCACGUUCGGGGCCACCAGCGGUUGCCCGUCGCUGGCGCCCGGUUCCUGCAGCCUGGGCACGCUGAGGGACCACCAGAGCAGCCCCUACGCGGCCGUGCCCUACAAGCUGUUUACGGACCACGGGGGUCUGAACGAAAAGCGCAAGCAGAGGCGUAUCCGGACCACCUUCACCAGCGCGCAGCUAAAGGAGCUGGAGAGGGUCUUUGCAGAGACCCACUACCCGGAUAUCUACACCCGUGAAGAGCUGGCACUCAAGAUAGACUUGACCGAAGCCAGAGUGCAGGUUUGGUUCCAGAACCGACGGGCCAAGUUUCGCAAGCAGGAGCGUGCUGCUGCAGCGGCCGCAGCCGCCGCCAAGUCCAAUUCCGGCAAAAAGUCGGACCCGCGGGACGACGACAGCAAAGACGCCAAAUCCACGGACCCGGACAGCACGGGGGGCCCCAACCCGGUGCCCACCUCUAAUUGCGGUGGCCCCAGCCCCACCGGUGUGCAGGUGAACGGUGGGGGCGGCAAUGGCGGACAGGCGGAGGCCGGCAAGGGCGUCGUGUCGUCCGGCAUGGGGGUGGGGGUGACGGGCGUGGGGGUUACGGCACCGAGUCAAGGCUGGGCCACCGCCCCGGGGACCAUCACCUCCAUCCCGGACUCGCUGGGCGGGCCGUUCGCCAGCGUGCUGUCGUCCUUGCAGAGACAGAACGGAGCCAAGGCUGCUUUAGUAAAAAGCAGCAUGUUCUAAUUGACGUGCACACGCAGACUGAUGGACACUGACAGUCAAAAGUGCUUUUGUUUUGUCUCCCUUUUGUGUGGCAUUUGCUUGACAAAAAUACAUUUCAUGGCACAUUUGGCAAAUUGUUGAAAGAUUGGUGGGUCGAAAAUAACACGACUGCACAAAACACCUUAAAAUCUGGUUGUUUUGUACAAAAGAGCCCAAAUUUGGAUUGCUUAGUACGUGCACGCCCACGCGCACGAAUUGGUUCCCUUUUUGACCCGUACUGGGUUAUUUUUGACCCAACUGUUUUUGGACCGUUGGCGAGCUCACAGUAUUGCAUUAUUCACAGAUAAUACAGUGCUUAUACCCAACAAAUGACAAACACGUGUCUGACCACGCAGCAGAGCAAAGUUUCAUCAGGAGGCUGCAUUUGGGAAUUUUUGAGGCAUUCAAUUGACAGCUGCUUAUUUUUAAUAAUAUUUUGCAUUUACUCGGGCUAGAGUUUACGACCAAUACCGCAUAAUUUUUACCGCAUUCAUUUUUUCUGAGGUCGUGGACAGCUGCACAAUUUAAUGUCAAUUGCAUUUAUCCGGGCUGGUUUACAUUGUUGUAUAAUUUCAACGACCAUGCAGUCACGUCGCUUUAGUUUAGCAAGAGCAUGCAUUUUGUCUGGACUAUAAUUUUGAGUCAACAUUUAGGCUAUUCAACAAACUGCGACCGAUCCAGUUUAGCUGGACUAUGCGGGCAGCCACAUACUUGAUCAUUCAUCUGGGCUGUUUUAAAUUUUUGCAAGACUCACGGGCCAGCGCAUAGAACGUGGACUUUACCUGUGAUCAAUUUCUGAUGGGUUAAUAAGUAAGUAUGCGCCCAACGGCAUAGUUUUUGCAAGAACCGCGACGACUAUGCGGCCAACCACAAACUUUUCAAGAGCCUGCAUUUCAGUGCAGGCCAUUUUGAUUUCUGUUAUUUCUGACAGAAUGAACUAUGCGGCACGCAGGCUGCAUAGCCUUAUACAGUUUCCAUGAAUCUGAGCGAGGUUUGGACUUUUUGUGGGAUUCAACCAGAAAGAAAAUGAUUUUUUUUUUUUUUUUAAACUUGAUAUUUCAUCAAGUUUCUUUUAUUGUCCACUAUGAGAAAAAAAGGCACAAUUACAGCAGCACCCCUCCAAAUCCCCGCCCCGCCCAUGGACAUAAAUCUAUGUUUUGUGUGUCUUUCUAUGACAGUGUGUUUGUGGCUCCAAUUGUAAAGUGUUAAUAUGUAUUCGCGUCUCCUAAUAGUUGAAUCAUAGACACGUAUAGUCUUCAUUUUAAGUCGGAUUCCCUAAGAAUUUAUUUUUGGUAAAAAGGGAAUGUAUGCAAAUGUUGUAUUUAUUUGGAUAUAAUUUGCAUGUCUCUUUUUGUUUUUAAGUCUCCCACUUUGUUGUGAACAUUGUUGUCUGGAAGGUUAUUUAUGUUAUUAGGUUCUGGAUGCUUAUAUUUAAGAAGGGAAUAUUUCUACAUGUGCACAUAGUUUUC